AGAGAGAAGAGAGGGGAGAGGGAGGGAGAAAGAGAGAGCAAGAUCUGUGUAUGUGAGAGAGAGAAUGGUCACAAGUUAUAGACGAGUGUUUCCAAACUUGUCAACUGCAGAUGACAAAAGCAGUGUCCUCUCAAGAGAAUAAAACAGACACACCGGACAUCACUGGCAGCUGAGAUUAAUCAGACCAAGAGUGAUUUCUUACCAUGGAUCCCAUGUCUCUGCGGCUGUUUGUGGCCCUAAGUUUAUUGGUGCAAUUUAUUUCGGCCAGUCCCAUCAUGGGGUUGGAAGAUGACUUGCCUUUAUAUGAUGAAGACCUUACGGAACAGGAUGGGUUUGAUUUCAAUUCCUUACUGGAAACCAUGAAAGAUGACUUCCUGAAAACUCUAAAUCUCACUGGGAUCCCAGUUCAGGCACCUGUCAAGGUGGAGCCGCCGGAAUACAUGCUAGAACUUUACAACAAGUUUGCAAAGGACCGAACUACCAUGCCUUCUGCUAAUAUUGUACGCAGCUUUAAAAAUGAAGGUAAGAGCUCGGAAAUGGGGUAGUAAUGAAGGUACAUUAAGAAUGGGCAUUGAAUAACUAAUUUUUAUUAUUUCUCCAGUGGAGUUUCUUCACAAUAUUAUUUGUGCGACCAUAUCACGCAUGUCAAAUACUGUUACCCGAGAUGAUAUUGAUUUUAUUAUUUGGUCAAAUUCACAUCUACAUAUAUUUAUAUAACCAUGAACAUUUGGAAAAUAUUUCUUACAAGUGCCUUUGCUUUUUUGACCUUGUCAUCUACACUGCUAAGUCGUGCUUCGUAAUUCUGUUGCAGUCAUCCAAGUGAAAUAAUCUCACUUUUGUACAGACAUUGAAACGUGCAAAAUUUAGGCACUAGUGACACAGAGAGCAGAAUUUUUUGUUACUUAGUUUCUUGACGUGCCACAAAUACAGCAAAAACAGACUAGGCCAGUUCACUCAGCUGCAGGUUUUCCAUGUUCUAAUACUGAUUCAUUUAAUUGCAUUACAUAACUAAAGUCAAUUAGACGUGUCAUGAUUCUGUGAAUACAUAGGCUGUUAGACCAUCUGAAUUUCAAAGCUUUAUUGCAUGUUACAAACACCCUCACUUCUGUCCAUCCCCACCUCCUUCACUCUAUGUCCCAGUGUAAUUGUUACCUGUCUCUCUUUUUACUGAUAGAUACAGUGUUUAUCAGGUUAUUGCUGAUUAUUUUUUUUAAUAUCUAUUCAUACAAUGAUCAUUUAUAAAAAAUGUGUGUAGGUCCUCAUGCUCUGUGGGUUUUAAAAGGUUUUCUUGUGGUUUCCAAAAGUGUACAGCGCCCACAAGCAGUUUGACAGAUGUUUUACAAGUGACAUUUCUAACCAAUCAAAUGAUUGACUUGUAGCACUUGCUUCUCCCACAACAACUUCAUGUGAUUCAUAUUGUGUUAGAACACAUAUAAUGGAAAAAGAACGUCUUCUCAAAAAUAUGUAAAGAAACAGUUAAACCCAUUUGGCUUUUCAUUUCGUAUUAACUCUGCAUUUCCUGUUUUUCUUGAACAUUAACAAGAAAGAAGAUGUGUUUCUAACCCUUCCAAUCGCCUUACAAUUUAUUUGCUCACUAAAAGCGCAGUCCUAAAACCUUCACUGACUUUAUACAAUAGUUCCAGCUGCUUCCCAUCUCUGAUAUCUAUUCAUCUCUCUCCAGACUCAUAUAAAAUAAAUUUUGUUGUGGGAAAGGCCCCAUCUUAAUUUCAUGCUGGGGGUCACAGGGCAGUGGGACAGUUGCAACACAAAAUCAACAUCUAGGCAUGUUUUGAACAACUUAAUUCCCACUAUUUCUUCUCAAAAUGGCAAAUGUUUGCUGAACACGUUGAAUACUGUUGAACAGAUUAAAGAUCUCAUUUCCUACACACAAAAACUUCCAUUUUAUUUGUGUGCACCAUAUGUUUGGCAAAACUUUUUCAAGACGGACAUGUGAACUCAGAAUCUCCUUACAUAUGUUCCUGACACAAUCAUGCAGAAGAAAGUCAAACACUUCAUUCACGUAUAUUGCAAUGGAUUUCUGUUUGCAUGCUCAUUUGCAAAUGGCAUCAUAUCAUUAUCACUCAAAACAUAUCUUUAAAGUUAUCUUAGCCCCUACUAAACAGAUGGGAUACAUAAUAAUAAAAAUAAAUGAAUGGUACCUCUGCUGGUAACUUUGCAACUCUUCUGGGUAUAUUGACGGUUAUGAAUUAAAUGAAUUGCAUGGAGUAACAGUUCAGCUAGAUGGGGCAAAGUGGGUGGGCCAAGUUUGUCUACUUUCAAAGUCAAGAUGGUUUGUCAGUUAGUCUUUCUUCUGUUGUUUGUGUUAUAUAUCCUGUUAUUUAUUAGUUUGAUUAUACAAGGCUGGGGGAGUUAAGAUCUUAGCCAUAGUUCCGAAACCUCUUAGAACACAAAGGGUGUAUUACACAGCCAAACUGGCUUCAUCCCAGAAUAAAUCUGUGCAUGUACAAUAUGCAGGCAGAACGUCUGUGUUUAAUUAUCUUUAAACUUCCCGAGCUCCCAGUGGGCUAUACAUUGUGAAAAAAUACAGUCGAUAAAUCUUUUACAUGAUCACCAUCCCUCUAUAUUUUUGCCCACAAAAUCUCAUUAUGGUGAUUAUGUUUUUGGCUUGGAAGUGUCUCCACAAAUGACCUUUUUAAAUCAAAUGAAUCUGUGUAAGACUGGUAGAAUAUGUGAAUCUAACUCUGAAGAUAGAAAAAAGUCAAAAGUAGGAUUUUCUGUGUUUUUCUCUACCUGCUGGAAAACCUUCGACCCCAUGUGAUCCCAGACCUGAAUUUAGAUCAAAGAAAACCCUACAAGUUUUUGAUUUUCUUAAUGUGUUAACAUUGAUCAAUGAAUAAGGAUAGUAUGUGGCUGAUUUAGUGUUUUUGUGUGUGUGUGUGUGUGUGUGUGUGUGCUGUCAUACGCCUGUGGUGUCUUCAUGGACAUUUAUAGUUGCAAAUGAAGGAUGCAUUGAUUUUUUUAUGUAAAUGUUCCAGAGUGUAGUCCUGUCACAUCUGGAUUAUGUAACACUGACAUGGCACAUUUUUUGCAUUGUAUUAAUCAACGCAUUAUUGGGCUUGAGAAAAUGGCAUGGACCAGAUUACAAUCAUUAUUUUGUAAUAAGUUCUUUAAAAAUAACAGAACAUUCUGUUGGAUUGUGAGGAUCAUUGUAUAAACGAAAGCUUCAUUUAUAGACAAGUGGCACAUGAUCAGCACCGUUGCAAGAAAUAAUGUCUGGAAAUCUACCAGGAUGAAUUAACUUCUGUUCCCAUUACAUAUGCCAUAAGACUAAUUCGUGUAUGAGAAAUAAGAGGAUCCAUUUAAAUUCACAGGUUAGAGUUCAAUAAAAAUUGACCAGAUAAUAGAGAUUUGUAGAACAGAAGUUAUAACACACAAACUACAAACACCAUCUUGCAUGAAUUUACAGCAAAGUGUGACCAGUGUACUGCAAAGAGAUAUUAUCCCCGAUCACUGGAUAGCAUUACAUAGGCAACUGCAUGUUUUAAACUUUCAACUUUAGAGGCAUAAAGCUCUAUUCUAGUUUAAGUGUCUGUCUAGUUCUACCUAGAGCAGACUCCUUAGUUAGGGGCUCACAUGUACGUGACUUGGUAAUGUUAGCACAAGAAUUGUAGAAUUACAUUUUCUUUCCCCUUCAUUGUGCCAUGCAUCUUACAAUGCGCAAGUUAGUUUAUUAAACAAUUUGAAUAAUUAUAUGAUAUUGUGGAGCUACAGAAAAGCAUACUGUUAUCUAUAAUUGCAUUUGUUUUAUCUUUAUUGUGUACAUAUAUUUACCAAGAUUUUAUUAAACAAACCUUUAAUAGUUUAAUAAUUUAUAUAAAGUCUCAUACCAUCAUAAAAAUAAAAUCUUAGAAUUGUAACAUCCUUUAGAUGAUUACCAUUAUUUAUACUGAACCAACAUAUUUCUGAGAAUGGUACGGCAGGUAAUUGAUACAUACAAGUGAUUGUGAUGGAAUAGCGUAAAAAGACGUGUGAAAGGUUUAAUUUGAUGGACUUAAGUCUUUCAUUCUCGAUGUGACUAUGUCACUUAGUUAACUGGGAGGAAGAGGCACGAAAGGUGAUGAGGGACCAGCUCCGUCGGGAUUACAAUCUAAAACAAGGGUGGUCAAAAGCUAGAACCCCAGAACUUCAGCUAGAACUGCAGCUCUUGUGAUGACAGAUAUGUCCUAAUUCACAAAUGCAUAUUCUACAACAGUCUGGCCUAUUUAACAUGCUACGUGGAGUUCACUUUAGUAAAUUUCAUAACUGACUUUGUUUGAUGUUUAAUGUCUGUCUUAAAUCUCUGUUUGGGAUUAUCUGUCUCUCUGAAGACAAAGUAGGAUUCAGCACAGAAAAGCACCAAUUAAAGAAACACUCCCACCUUUAUAAGAAUUUAAGCUAAUUUAAGUUGCUAUGAAAACAGGAUUGAACAUCAUCUUACCUUCAGGGGUUAAACCCUUUUGCAAUGGUUUAAAUAAAAAACUGGGGCUCCUGCUCCCAAGACCAGGCUUCAUUCUUCUUGGUGCUGCAGUAUGAGGAGAUUUUAGCUGGGUGGCCAGUAAAAGCAUCAGCAGACAGUCUCAGUCUAUCACUGGCCUCCCAUUGAGAGAAAAAGCAUGUACUACAAGGUCAGUUAUAGGCCAAGGAGCAGUAUGAGUGUAAAGAGACAGUAUGUAAUAUUCAGCCGUACUCUGCUCUCUUCUCACUCUCACAUUGCUACUCAGUGCCUGGGUCAGCCUUGAUAGGCUGGGCAGUGAAACAUGAACAUCUUCUGCCUUGGUCUUAUUUGAUCACACUACUAAGUGUGACACUGUAGAAAGUGCGAGCUGUGUACACCUCUGUCAUCUGGGGUUGGUUGCAAAUGGCCCCGAGUUUGAAAGGUACUAAGUGGCGGCCUUGUCCAAUCUGUACUUUAUCUUACUACUUAUCCAUAGAGGGUGCCAGGGCACCCCUGACACAGUGGCGGAUCCAGAGCCUGAUCUCGGGAGGGGCACUUGUAGAUUAUUUAAAGAAAUAAUCCAGACACAAUAACUACUACAGCUCAGUUUAGUGGUUAUGGUGUCAAUAGUGCCGGGACCCCCUCCUAGAGUAAGUAGUCAAACCGUUUAAGAACAGUUUGACAACUUACCUGAGGUCUGCUGGGAAAUGGGGCGGUAGUAGGGCAUAGGAGCAGUGAUGUGUGUGAAUGGUGCAAUGUGUAAGGGGUGCAGUGUGUGUGUGUGUGAGGGGGACAGUGUGUGAGCAGUGUGUGUGUGUGUGUGUGAAGGUUGUAGUGUGUGAGUAGGGGGGGCAGUGUAUGUCAGGGAUGCAGUGUAUGUGUGGGACAGUAUGUGUGUGUAACAGUUGCAGUGUGUGUGUGAAUGUGGGCAAUGUGUGUGUAUGGGGCGGCAGUGUAUGGGGGCAGUGUGUGUGUAUGGGGGCAGUAUGUGUGUAUGAGGGCAGUAUGUGUGCAUGGGGGGGCAGUAUGUGUGUAUGGGGGGGCAUGGGGGGCAGUAUGUGUGUAUGGGGGGGCAGCAUGUGUGUAUGGGGGCAGUAUGUGUGUAUGGGGGGCAGCAUGGGGGGCAGUAUGUGUGUAUGGGGGAGGCAGCAUGUGUAUGGGCAGUAUAGGGGGCAGUAUGUGUGUGUAUGGGGGCAGCAUGGGGGCAGUAUGUGUGUAUGUGUGUAUGGGGGGCAGUAUGUGUGUAUGGGGGGCAGCAUGUGUAUGGGGGGGCAGGGGGCAGUAUGUGUGUGUAUGGGGGGCAGUAUGUGUGUGUAUGGGGGCAGCAUGGGGCAGUAUGUGUGUAUGGGGGGGGCAGUAUGGGGGCUAUGUGUGUGUGUGUGUUAAGGGCAGGGGGGGGGCUUUUUUUAUAAUAUAUAUCUUUAUUUAAUUAAAAGAAAACAAAUAUUCUAUGUCCCCCCUCCCUUCUUACCUUUAUUGAGGAGGAGGGGGGACAUAUUUUCAUCCUUGGUGGUCCCAGUGGUGAUUCCCUGGUGGUCCCAGUGGUUACAGUGAACUCUAGCCCGCGCUCCCGGGCUAGAGUUCACUCUCGCGAGAUUUGGAGCGUUGUCAACGCUCCAAAUCUCGCGAGAGGAGGACCCGGAGGAGCUGCAGACUGAGCUCCGGGUCCUCCCUCCGCCGCCGGCUGUCAGCACAGUGCCUGCGGACCGGGGAGGGAGAUCUCUGAUCUUCCCUCCGGUCCGCAGGCACAUUGCAGGGCUGGCAGGGGAGGGAGACUGGCGGAUUUCUCGGGGGGGGCAAUUGCCCCGUUGCCCCCCCCUGGAUCCACCAGUGCCCUGACACCAUAUUCACUAGCGUUAUGUAGUGGUAAUGGGGCCCAUAGUGAUUAUUUAGCCCCUACACUACUGAGCUCUUUUGUAUUGAAUGAAUAUUAGAGUAGCUUUCAUUUGAAGCAAGAGAUACAUAGCCAGCAUAUAAACAUGUCAUAACACGGAAAUAAAGAUUAUGUAAAUUUACACAAUUGUUAUUUUUCACUUAUUUGUUCAUCCUUUAGAAAAAAAAUAUUUGGAACAUUUAUGGCAUACAGUGUCCUUUAUCUUGCAAUAUUUCACACACAUGGUCUGAAAUGUUUGUAUAAAACAAAAAUUCUAUUUUUCUCACAUACAGUUAGGGUUGACACCUUUCUUGGGAAAAAAUACCGGCCAUUCUAAUUUGCAAAUAUUAUGUUAUAAUACAUUAUUAUUAUUAUUUAUUAAUUAUGUAUGCGUGAAAUCACAGGUUGUAAAUCACAAUGAGUGACAUAAGAGAACAUUCUGUAAAAUCACCAAAAAACUACUCACAGUUUGAUUCUGCUGUAUAGAGGGAUUGCUCCCACUGUCUCCCUGUCUCGCAGUGUCUCCCUGUCUCUCAGUGUCCCUUAGUCUCCCAGUGUGUCCCUGCUUUGCAAUGUCUCCAUGUUUCUGUGUCCAUUAGUCUCCCAGUGUCUCCGAUCUGGCAUUGUCUCCAUGUCUCGCAGUGUCUCAAUGUCUCUCAUUGUCCCUUAGUGUCUCCAUGGCUCCCAGUUUCUUUAUGACUCUCAGUGUCUCCCAGUCUCCCCAUGUCUCUCAGUCUCCCCUAGAGUCAGAGGCGGGCUAUGAUGGGGGGCAGGGAGGCCAUCCUAAACCAUUUUAAAAAUGGCCGCUGCAGGGCCGAUCCUGGGCGGGUGCUGCGCCCAGACGCCAAGAGGUAGAGGGUGCCGUGCGGAGCAGGCCGAUGGCCUGUAAAAGGGAGCCCAGCAGGUGGCCUGUCAAAGGGAGCACAGCUGGCCACUUAAGGGCGUCCCCCAUAGCAAGGGAAAGUAGGCACCUGCUUAUCCCCGAUGGCAAGUGCCUACUCUGCAGCAAUAUACCGGCCAGGUGAAGGAGGAGGCAGGCGGCGGCGAGGGAGUGCUGACUGUGCUUAUGAUCUUCCUGCUCCCUCGCGCGCUCUCUGUGGGGGCUGGAAUAUGAUGUCAUCCCGGCACCACAUCACUAAACAGUGCGAGGGAGCAGAGAGGAGCAGGAAGAUCAUAAAUAGCCACGGGACCUCGGGGAGAGGACCCAGAGGACUCCUAAAGGUAGGAGCAACAAGCAAUAAAAUUAAUUUGUUAGAGUGUGUGCAAGACUGUGUAAGGCUGUGUGUGUCUGAAAGUAAGUGUGUGUGUCUGUCAGUGUGUGUGUCUGUCAGUGAGUGUGUGUGUGUCUCUCGGUGAGUGUGUGUGUGUCUCUCAGUGAGUGAGUGUGUGUCUCUCAGUGAGUGAGUGUGUGUCUCUCAGUGUGUGUGUGUGUGUGUCUGUCAGUGAGUGUGUGUGUCUGUCAGUGUGUAUGUGUCUGUCAGUGAGUGUGUGUGUCUCUGUCAGUGAGUGAGUGUGUGUCUGUCAGUGAGUGUGUAUCUGUCAAUAAGUGUGUAAGUGUGUGUCUCUCAGUGAGUGAGUGUGUGUCUGUCAGUGAGUGUGUAUGUCUGUCAGUGAGUGUGUGUCUGUCAGUGAGUGUGUGUGUGUGUCAGUAAGUGUGUGUAUGUCUGUCUGUCUGUCAGUAAGUGUGUGUGUAUUAUUAUUAUUAUUACUAUUAUUAUCGCCAUUUAUAUAGCGCCAACAGAUUCCAUAGCGCUUUACAAUAUUUUGAGAGGGGGUAUUUAAUUAUAAAUAGGACAAUUUCAAGAAAACUUACAGGGAGGAUAGGUUGAAGAGGACCCUGCUCAAACGAGCUUACAUUCUAUAGGAGGUGGGGUGUAAAACACAAUAGGACAGUAAGUGUAAGUGUCUGUGAAUAAGUGUGUCUGUCAGUGUGUGAGUGUGUGCGUGUCAGCAAGUGUGUCUGUCAAGUAAGUGGUUGUUACAUAGUUACAUAGCCGAAAAGAGACUUGCGUCCAUCAAGUUCAGCCUUCCUCACAUAUGUUUUUGCUGUUGAUCCAAAAGAAGGCAAAAAAAAAAAAAAAAAAACAGUCUGAAGCACUUCCAAUUUUGCAACAAACUAGGAAAAAAUUCCAUCUUGACCACAAAAUAGCAGUCAGGUGUCCUUUUGUAGAACAGGUGCCCAAAAUUGCACAGCAUAUUCAAGGUGUGGUCUUACCAACCAUUUAAAAAGAGGCAAAAUUGUAUUUUCAUCCCGAGAAUUUAUGCCCCUAUUUAUACAUGACAAAACCUUACUGGCCUUAGCAACUGCAGAUUGACAUUGCAUAUUGCUGCCUAAUUUGUUGUCUAUAACAAUUCCCAAAUCCUUCUCAUGUGUGGUUAUCCCUAAUUCACUACCAUUUACGGUGUAAGUUGCUUGUGCAUUCUUGACCCCGAAGUGCAUAACUUUGCAUUUCUCUACAUUAAAUUUCAUCUGCCAUUUUAGUGCCCAGUCCCCCAAUCUAUCCAAAUCCCUCUACCGCAAAGCAAUAUCCUGCUCACAUUUUAUUACUUCACAAAGUUUUGUGUCAUCUGGAAACACUGAAACAUGGCUUUCAAUGCCUAUUUCAAGAUCAUUUAUAAAUAUGUUAAAGAGAAGCAGUCCCAAAACAGAACCCUGAGGGACACCACUUACCACCUUUGUCCAGCCUGAAAAUUUACCAUUAAUGACAACUCAUUGUACUCUAUACAUAAGCUAAUUUGCUACCCAAUGUAACAGAACUCCCCGCAGUCCAACCGAGUACCUUCUGUUAAUGGACGCUUCCUAGCCUGCGCUGAGGACCACAAGCACCGCACCGGACACCACAACCACCGCAGACUCCACAACCGCCUUGGCUUAACUGGAGUCUCGCCGUCUUCGUCCACCCUGGAUCAACUUCUGUCCUCCAGGACCGAGAAGACCUCUCCUCCAGGAGAGCAUAACAGGAACAAGCUCUUAAAAGAGCUAAGUUAUUAAAGCUCAGGGGAGUAUGCAGAGCAUAGCAAUCCCCAGUGUGAGUAUAGCUGUCCCCUCCAAUCACGAGACAAGACUACUUGUUGAGGGUGAAGAAGAACUGACUGUACUGGCACAUACAGCCUCUUAUUCACAUUCUACAAACAUAGUACUGCCCACAGGGUUUUGAAAAGCAACCAAGCAACACAUUACAACACGGCUAACACUCCCAUUCAUUACAUCAGAAAUCCUCCCCUCUGCCUGUGAUACAAUUAUCUCAAAUUAUCUCAACACGAUAGACUAACUUAAUUAUCACAGGCAGAAAAAUACAGUAUUAUAAAACAAAUCACAGGGACCCCAAAACAUGCAAAAACCCCAUAAAAAUCUGGGUGAACCACAUAUGCAAAAUUCACCCAGAUCCGUUCAGUAAUUUGGAAGAUACGGUUUAAUGCAGAUCCCGCAGAACAUAUACAGGCUAUAUGAAAAAUAAUUACUGUUAAAUGUGUCCACUGUUCUGUAAAACUACUGAACGAUGUCUUUGUGCACCAAAUACUGGCGAAAUGGCACCGUGUAGAAAAGUCAAAACAGUGUCUGUGAGUUAAAAUGGCCAUCAUCCAUUGUUCUCACCAUGUGCUUCAUCCAUUGUUUUCACCAUGUGCCUCUGAUACAUGAAAUGGUGGCCACCCAGUAACUCCACAGUUUGUCUGGUAGUCUAUCCAGCCGAACCAACAGAUGAAACACAUGGGGAACAGUGCAACAAACGAAGGGAAUCAUAAAAAAUAUGGACAAUAGUCAUAUUUGUGCACAAUCUCCAGUUUUGUCACAGGGCACAAAUAGUGUUUUCAAAUGCCAUAUAUCCCAGGGCCAUAGUCAGCGAACACGUGGCGAGGUCUGUUCCGCCACACCCAAAAACAAGAAUAAUCAUCUAGACCAAUUUCUUUUAGUUUGAAAACUAACCUAUUGUGAGGAACCGUAUCAAAUGUCUUGGCAAAAUCCAAGUAGAUCACAUCUACGGCAACACCCUGAUCUAUUCUUCUACUACUUUGUAGAAUGCAAUUAGGUUAGUUUGACAUGAUGUAUGUUUCAUAAAACCAUGCUGAUUAUUGCUAAUAAUAAAGUUCUUCCUAAUUAAUUCCUGAAUAUUAUCCCUUAAUAGCCCUUCAAAUAUUUUCCCAGUCACAGAAGUUAAGCUCACAGGUCUAUAAUUUCCAGGCAAGGAUUUUGAACCCCUUUUAAAUAUAGAAAUGACAUCUGCCUUCCUCCAAUCCUCCGGUACAAUGCCUGAAACAAAAGAAUCUUGAAAUAUUAAAUACAGAGGUUCACUUAUUUCCCCCCAUAGCUCCUUAAGUACUCAUGGGUGAAUACCGUCAGGCCCCGGAGCUUUAUUUACAUUAAUUUUCUUUAACAGCAGUAGCACCUUGUCUCGAGUUAUCCAAUCAAAAGUUGUCUGUCAGUGAAUGUGUGUAUUUGCCUUUCAGUGUGUGUGUGUGUUUCUGCCUGUCAGUGAGUCUGUGUCUGUCAGGGUUUGUGUGUGUGUGUGUUAUUGAGAAUAAGUGCCAGUGUGUCUGUCAGCAGGGCCAGCCUUUGGGGUGUGCAAGCUGUGACAGGGCGCCAUGACAACAGAGGCACCCGGCGGCCAACUCAGCUGGCAAGUUGGGGACACCAGCAUAUUCAAUUUAAACAAUUCCCUGGUGGUCCACUGGUGCACACCAGCACUAGGUGCAAUCAGAUCAUAUCAUCUCCCUUGUGGUUCCGGCGCUCAGUUAGUGAGUCAGAGCUCAGGCUCAGAGAUUCUCAGCCUGCGGUCUGACAACAUUGAAAGUCGGAGCCACGAAGGAGUGGGUAUGGCAAAGAGCUACUGAUAAGCAUAACAUAUAUAUCUGUUAUUAAACCAGGAAAAGGUGGGCAUGGACGGUGAGCUGAGUCAGAGGUGCAAUGGGCCCCUUGACUGGAUUUGCCCCCCAGGCCUACGGCUGUCAUCCCUCCCCUGCCUAGAGUCUCAGUGUCCCCUAGUGUCUCCAUGUCUAAAUACAUACACAUACACAGACUGUUAAAUACAUACACUCACUUCUAAAUACACACAGAGACUGCUGAAUACAUACACAUAGAGUGCUGAGUACAUGCACAUGAACACUGCUGAAUACACACACAGAUAGACUGCUGAAUUCAUGCACAUACAGACUGCUGAAUUCAUGCAUACACAGACUGCUGACUUCAUAGACACAGAUUGCUGAAUUCAUACACACAGACUGCUGAAUUCAUACACACAGACUGCUGAAUUCAUACACACAAAGACUGUUGAAUACAUACACGCAGACUGCUGAAUACGAACACUCACUGCUGAAUACGUACACUCACUGCUGAAUACACAACACAGACUGCCAAACUCAUACUCACACUCACUGCUAGAUACAUACACACAGCAAGCAGCCCCCCUUGUUCCUCAACAACAUCAAGGAUCCAGUCCUGCAAAAAAUGUAAUAUGUCAAUUUUGAAAAGCCAGGAUAUGGAUCCCAUAAGAGAGAAGUUAUAAAGACUGUAGGCUUUUCAUGGCUCACAGCUGCAGUCUAGGAGCAAAACAACAGGUUUCAGACCUUUCAUAAAACUGCAGGUUUAAAAUCAGGACAUUUGUCUUUGAGUGUGUCAUAUUAGAAACAUGGUUCUCCUCUCAUCAUUUCCUAAAGGAUAAUGAUAGUUUACUUAAUAGAUAAAAGAUAAAUUAUUUUCUAUAAUGCUGAAACUGAUGAGUCCCAGCUAGUUUCCACGAAAGGUCAAGUCCAAGUCCUAGAUCACAAGGACUGUAAAGUUUAUAUGUUACUGGACUAGGAUGUUUUUUUUCUAAGAGGAGCAUAUCGUCCCACUUGUGAACCCACCCUCAUCCACCCCCACUUACCUGAUCUGCAGGUUAUAUCCGCCUGCUGGCUGCACUCUCUGAGCUGCUCCCCAGCGGAUUCAGUGAGUAGAGGCACGGAUAUGUAACCUCCUAUCCCGGCCUCUUUUCGCACAACGGUAUUACAGUGUGUUCUAAAAUCACAGAGAAAAAUAUUCGGAAUUUGUAUUGCCAGUAUGUUUGCAAUACCAGCACCGGCCAGGUAGCCUGAAAUACUGGCUGUGCUGGUAAAAUACCGGCCAGGUGGCAACUCUACAUACAGUAAAAUAACAAAAUGGAGUAAAAAUGCUCAAAUACUUGCUUACAGAAAUGUGCAAGGACCAUGAAGGCAUUACUAGCAGUACAGCUUACUAUAAAUGGCAAAAUAAUGUAAAUAUAAUGUAUCCAUAAAUGCAUAAUACCCACAUACGGUAAAUACAGUUAAAUCAUAUAUUUCUAAAAAAAAAACACUCCUAUGGCAAUAAAUAUCAGUCUCUGGAAUGCCAAUGUAAUGCUGAUAGUGAAAUGGUAGAGUCAAUUUACUUCUCCCCCCUUCCUAACAGUAAGAAUUACAUGAUCAGUUGAAACUUCCUGUAUAGUUUGAAAGCAUAUGUACAUGCUUCAUAUCAGUGACUAGAGGCUUAUGGCAGAUACAUGUGUUUUUCUCCAGGCUGGUAAUCAUAGCUAGAGUAUAAAUUAGGGUAAGUGAGGCUUUAUAGACUAGAACUAAUAAUGCAAAAAACAUGAAAAUGAAUACAUUUAUACUCGAUAUUUGGAAGAGUUAAGCAUCAAAUGUUGUUGUAUAAUACUAUUUUGAUGUGAUGUCAUCCUUUGAAUACAGAGCCAUUAAUUAAAUAUUGAGAUAGCACAGUUGGUUAAUCAUUCUUUGCAGAAUUUGUUCAGACAAUUCUGCAGGUUAUCUUCCCAGCAAGUUUAAGUGGUUACUUAAAGCACCAUGAACACUUUAAUGAUUUUAAGUGGUCAUGGCACUUGGAAUGGGUAAUGAGACUAUUUCCACACAAUUUAAAGUCCAUCAUUCUACAGUAAGAAAUAUUAUUCAAAAGUGGAAAACAUUCAAGACAGUUGUCAAUCUUCCCAGUAGUGGACAUCCCAGCAAAUUCACCCCAAGGUCACACCGUGCAAUGCUCAGAGAAAUUACAAAAUUCACAAGAGUUAUAUCUCAGACUCUACAGUCCUCAGGAUGUUAAAUUUUAAAGUUUAUGACAGUACAAUUAGAAAAAGACUGAACAAGUAUGGUUUGUUUGGAAAGGUUGCCAGGAGUUGCCUUUAGCAGUGAUGCCCAGUCCACACAGGCAGCCUCUGGCUUCAGAAUUUUUUGUUUCAGGAAGCGGUUAGUGGUGCCGCUCUUUGGCUGAGAGCGGUCAGCUGACACUCUCAGCCAAUUACUGACUACCCAUUCAUUAAACUGGCUUGGAAAGAAACUUAUCUUUUCCAAGCCAGUUUAGUGAAUGGGGAGUCACUCCGCUGGACUGACUCAUACACAUGCAGAUACACUCUGACAGACACACUCAGUGACAGACACACACUGACAGACACACUGACACACACUCUCAAUGAGAGGCACACACUCAUUGACAGACAGACACCAAGAGGCACACACACAUACACUGACAGACACACACUGACAGGCACACUCACACUUUUACACAUUCUUGUACACACACACAUUAUUAUUUUUUAUUGUGGUUUCAUUUUUUUAGGCCCAUCCAGCUUCCCUAACUUUAGUAUAGCUGGUGUGGGCCCUCUCCCUGGGGUCCAGUGGCUCCUGUAAUCUUCCAGUUCUUCACAACUCCCUCGCAUGCUGUUUAGUGAUGCCAGGGCUGGAGUGACAUCAUAUUCUGGCUACUGGCAUCACAGCAGAGGGUGCGCGAAGGAGCAUCGGUGCUCCCUUGCCACCGCUGCCUGCCUCCUCUCUUCCCCCUGGUAUAUUUUAGCAGAAUAGGCAUCUGCCAUCCAGGUAAGCAGGUGCCUACUCUGCCUUAGUAAAUCAGUGCCUGCUUCAGGGUGGUCCUAAGGUGGUCUGUUCACCAUAUCCUGGGCCAUAUCCUGGGCCACCUUACAGCUAAAUAAAUAGUUUUUGCUUUAACUUUAGAGUAUGUGAUGAAUGCUCAUCUACUUAUGUUUAUGGGAUUUUGUGUUAACACAUAGCAAAGGAGGGGGCGGGGUCUGACCUGCAUGGCGGACAGAAACAUCUUGAACAGGCUCCUGAUCUAGUCUCUGAUUUAACCGUGUUUAUUGCCCCUCUCUCCCAACCUGCCGGACACUGGACUGAUGCUGAAUUCUACUGCUGCCCCUUUGCCCCCCUCUGGACUGGCGAGGGUGAUCCCGGCCUACACCACAGAGGCUCCACAGACACGCUAACAGAGAUCUGCACUUACGACGUUACCUCUGAAAUAAAGGGCGCCCCAUGCUCCUUUGACCCAUGUGAUGAGAAGAUGGAUAUCGAGAGCAGGCUGGAUGAGAUAUCUGACACCUUCUGGGCAAAGCUGGCUGCUCACAUGCAGAUUGUGACCCCAGAUCUCAAGGCUGACCACACCCCUCACAGUACAGCACCUCAGAGAGAGGAAGAAACAGCUACUGGUCAGGCCUGUCUGGAACAACAGCACCAGGAGAGACCCAUUUUGGCGCCAUCUGAGCACAAUCACUCCAGACACGGCGGUAACCAAGCCCUGAGCAUACAGGCUCUGUGGGAUGCCAGAACAGCUUGGCUGUUGCCAGGCAGUGCUGCAUUACCUACUCACCCAUGGACUAUCAUGCCUAAUCCUAGGGACGCUCUCCCAAAACACCCCCUUCAGCCAGCAGGCCGAUGUCUUACCCUCACAGGGCAUAGAUUGAUCCUCAACAUUCUCUAUCUGUGUGGGGCAAGUCACUACAGUCAUGUAAUGCCUACCUGCUUCUGCUACAAAUGUUUGUCAUUUACUCACGCAUAAUUAAGCUAGCCUGAUCACUUUAAUGUAACUCUCUACUAAUGCAUAUUUAGCCCUAUAUAUAGGGUGAGGUAGAGGCAUGAAUGCAUACAAAAUUCAAAGUAUGUGUUGCAGAUACUCCACACUGAAGACCCAAACAGUGUAUAUACCACCAAAAAACAAACAUGAAUCAUGCACAUCUAGUAUAGGUGUGCACACCCAGGUGCUACCACAAUUUAUUUGAGGACAAAGUUAAAGCAGAAAAACGUUUCGGGCAGCAGCCCUUUCUCAAUGCUAAUGUCCUGACAUUAGCAUUUUUAGCCCGUCUGUUUGCCUAGCUUUAUGCAGUACAUCUUGACAAUAAAUGCUCACUCUACGGAUCUAUACAAUUGAUGUGUUCAUGCAUUAUGCGUCAUUGUAAUUUCCCAUAUGUAUCACUGCACUACAAAAAUAAAGAAUUGAAAAAAAAAAAAAACAUAUAGCAAAGGAGUUCCAUUCACUGAUAUUACAAUGACAUAUACAGCUUCAGAAUAAUAUACCUUAAUAUGCACUGUACACAUAAAGGAAAUAAUAAACAGAAUGGCAAAUAUGUCCAUAUAACUAUGUUGGUUGUUCACAGAAUUAGGGCCAACACAAAGUGCAAAGUAUGUAAAGUGAUUGUAGUUAAUGCAAAGUGUGUAUAGUUCAUGUAGUGUGAUUGUAGUGAAUGCAAAAUGUGUAUAGUGAAUGUAGUGUGAUUGUGGUGAAUGCAGAGUGUGUGAAUAGUGAAUACAGUGUUUGUAGUGAGUGCAAAGUGUUUAGUAAAUGUAGUGUGUUUGUAGUGAGCGCAACGUGUGUAUAGUGAAUGUAGUGUGUGUGUGUAGGGCAAAGUGUGUUUAGUGAAUGUAGUGUUUGUGUAGUGAGUGCAGAGUGUGUUUAGUGAAUGUAGUGUGUGUGUGUAGCACAGAUUGUGUUUAGUGUAUGUACUGUGUGUAGUGCAGAUUGUGUUUAAUAAAUGUAGUGUGUGUGUGUAGUGCAGAGUGUGUUUAGUGAAUGUAGUGUGUGUUUUACAGAAUGUGUUUAGUGAAUGUAGUGUGCGUUAUGCAGAGUGUGUUUAGUAAAUGCAGUGUGUAUUAUGCAGAGUGUGUUUAGUGAAUGAAGUGUGUAAUGCAGAGUGUGUUUAGUGAAGUGUUUGUGUAUGUAAUGCAGAGUGUGUUUAGUGAAUGUAGUGUGUGUGUGUGUGUAGUGCAGUGUGUUUAGUGAAGUGUGUGUGUGUGUGUGUAAUGCAGAGUGUGUUUAGUGUGUGUAGUGCAGAGUGUGUUUGGUGAAUGUAGUAUGUGUGUGUAAUGCAGAGUGUGCUUAGUGAAUGUAGUGUGUGUAAUGCAGAGUGUGUUUAGUGAAUGUAGUGUGUAAUGCAGAGUGUGUUUAGUGAAUGUAGCGUGUGUAGUGUCGAGUGUGUUUAGUGAAUUUAGUGUGUGUAAUGCAAAGUGUGCUUAGUGAAUGUAGUAUGUAAUGCAGAGUGUGUUUAGUGAAUGUAGUGUGUGUAGUGCAGAGUGUGUUUAGUGAAUGCAGUGUGUGUGUGUGUAAUGUAGAGUGUGUUUAGUGAAUGUAGUGUGUGUGUUUGUAAUGCAGAAUGUGUGUUGGUGAAUGUAGUGUGUGUGUGUAAUGCAGAGUGUGUUUAGUGAAUGUAGUGUGUGUGUAAUACAGAGUGUGUUUAGUGAAUGUAGUGUGUGUGUGUAGUGCACAGUGUGUUUAGUGAAUGUAGUGUGUGUAGUGCACAGUGUGUUUAGUGAAUGUAGUGUGUGUAGUGCAGAGUGUGUUUAGUGAAUGUAGUGUGUGUGUGUGUGUGUGUGUGUAAUGCAGAGCGUGUUUAGUGAAUGUAGUGUGUGUGUAAUGCAGAGUGUGUUUAGUGAAAGUAGUGUGUGUGUGUAGUGCAGAGUGUGUUUAGUGAAUGUAGUGUGUGUGUAGUGCAGAGUGUGUUUAGUGAAUGUAGUGUGUGUAGUGCAGAGUGUGUUUAGUGAAUGUAGUGUGUGUGGAAUGCACAGUGUGUUUAGUGAAUGUACUGUGUGUAGUGCAGAGUGUGUUUAGUGAAUGUAGUGUGAGUGUGUGUAGUGCAGAGUGUUUAGUGAAUGUAGUGUGUGUGUGUAAUGCAGAUUGUGUUUAGUGAAUGUAGUGUGUGUAAUGCAGGGUGUGUGCUUGUAAGGAUACAGUGUGUGUGUAAAAUAGAGGGGAGGGGAGUAUUUUUUUUCCAAAUUUAUUUGUGUAUGUUUAAAUGUUAUUCCCCUCUCUCUGUUUCUUACCUUGCAAGGGAGGGGUGAGAUCGCAUUCCCUGGUGGUCCGGUGGAGGGAGCCAGCCGCGGUACAUUGCAGAGAGGGGGUCGAGCAUGCUGCACGCUCUUUCUUCCUUUCCAGCUCCUCUCUGACGAACUCUCGCGAGACCAGCCUGCGUGCAGUGCGGAGCGUUGCCAUGGUAACCCGUGGCAACACUCUGGCGGCAGCAGGAAAGUUACAGAGAGGAGCUGGAAAGGAGGACCGAGUGUGCUGCUGGGCCCCCUCUGCAAUGUACAGAUAGCAGGGGGGCCUCAGUGCACAGAUAUAUAGCGAAAAUCGCUAUAUAUAUGUGCACAUAGGAAAUGUGGGGCUCGGACUGCCAGCCAUUAUGGUUGUCAUGCCCUGAUGGCGGCCCUGGUAGGCACUAUAACCAUUUCAUCUCAAUGAAUUGGUUAUAUUGCCUGGAGUCAUUGGGCACUAUCUCUUUGUUCCAAUUUAUACAAUUAUUUAGCAGUCUGUUAGUAAUAAGGGUCCCUAGAUACCCACAGCUUGGCCCCUAUAUGACAUAUUGUUUAGACAGAGACUACUCACUUCCUUCUAGCAAUAUCAAUUCAUGCUAGCAAUGGGUGGUGUCACACUAUCAGCCAAUUACAGCUGCUCAUUGCUGCUCAGGCUAAUGUUUCCUCAUCAGGCCAAGCAACACAGAGGGGAUGCAUUUCUUUUUGCGUUUGGCUGACAACAGGGUGUAACUGAAUGAACAACUAUUGAAAUGCCUGAAGCCAUGUUGUUUAUAUGAACUAUGUAUGUGUGGUAGAAAUUUGGAUUGCACAUUGAUAGAAUCUAAAUAUAAGAGGUGGCACUAGGCAUGGGGUGUCACAAUACAAACAUGAGUGCCCUCCACCACUCCCAGUGCACUGGGCAUACACUCAUAAAUAAAAAUCUACUUUUUUUUUUUUGUUUGUUUUUUUGUUUUUUGUUUUUAAACAUCAGAAAGGUAUUUAUCCAUUAAAUGUUCUCUAUUAACUCUGGAUAUCGAAGUAGACACCAAUUCAUAAUUUGUUAUAUUUUCUAUUAUAUUUUAUCCUUUCUAAAAAAAAAAGAAAAAAAUUCUUUAAUUAAUUUUAAACGUAAAAAUGUAAGAAACGUCUCCCGGAAAUAUCGAUAUUAUAUCUCCAUAAUACUAUAUUGUCAAUAUAAGUAGCAAGGGAAGGAAAAAAAAAAAAUAUAUAUAUAUAUAUAUAUAUAUAAAAAAAUAGUAUUACUAUAAUCUAAAUAUAUCUAUACUUCGCCUGAAGACGUACUUAUAAAACAGCGACGGACUACGCAUACAUAUUACACACCAUUCCGAGGCCCAGCAAGGUGUCAGUAGGGGAUGGAACGUCAUAAUUAUUCUCUUUUCACUUUUUUUUCCCCUCUUUUUUCCUUCAUGUCUUUUUUUUUCCUUUUUAUUCUAUCCAUAAGGGACCACUAUAUCCUACUGGUAAACAUUUUCUUAUUGGUUAGUGGUUACAUCUGUUGUCCAAGGUUCCCAAUUGUAUGCAUACGUAUCUACUAGAUCAAGAUUUCUGUAGACUUGUUUUUCCAUUAACUGCUGAUAUCCUAUCUGGAAUUCCACCUCACUCUAUGAGGGAGUAUUUACUGAUUUCCAAUAUCUUGCUAUGCAGAUUUUAGUUGCCAUUAAUAUAUGAACAGUUAAGAGUUUUAAAGAUUUACUUUUGGUAGGUAUUUCCAUGUGUCACAAAAACAAUUCAGUAGAAAUGUUAAUUGAAGUUUUUAAAAUUAUAUUAAUUUUGCUUGAUACUAUUUGCUUCAAUGGAUUAAGAAUAUGACAAUCCCACCCAAUAUGUUUCUGUGUUCCCUCAUUACUGAGACAUCUCCAAAAAAAGUCAAUAAGGGAGUGACAUCUUGCCACUUUAGCUGGAACCAUAUACCACCUAUGAACUAAUUUAAUCUGUAGUUCAUAUAAAUUUAUUUAAUGUAUUGCCUUUUUAAAAAAAUGUUUCCAUUCACUGAUCCAAUGAAAACUCACUACCUAUUUCAUUUUACCAUUUCACCAUUGAUUUAAUGUUAUCUUUAUUAUACCUUUUAUAUAUAACCUUAUUUAUUUUUGAGACCAUAUUCCUUUUAUGUUCUAUUUCCAGCAGACGGUCUAUAUUUGAAGUAUUGUAAAUUGGGUUAGUUUGUAUGAAGUGUUUGGUUAUCAGCAAAAAUCAGCACGGUUUUAUGAAGCACAGGUCAUGUCAAACUAACUUGAUUGCGUUUUACGAAGAAGUAAGUAGAAGUAUAGAUCAGGGUGUUGCCGUGGAUGUGAUCUAUUUGGAUUUUGCCAAGGCAUUUGAUACAGUUCCACACAAUAGAUUAGUGUUCAAACUCAAGGAAAUCAGUCUAGAUGAAAAUGAUGGUUCUUGGGUAGAACAUUGGCUUAAAAACAGAGUACAAACAGUUGUCAUUAAUGGUAAAUUUUCAAGCUGGACAGAGGUGGCAAGUGGUGUCCCUCAGGGGUCUGUUCUUGGACCCCUUCUAUUUAACAUGUUUAUAAAUGAUCUUGAAGACCACAUUGAAAGUCAUGUUUCAGUGUUUGCAGAUGACACCAAACUUUGUAAAACAAUACAAUGUGAGCAAGAUAUUACUUUGCUGCAGAGGGAUUUAGAUAGACUGGGGGACUGGGCACUCAAAUGGCAGAUGAAAUUUAAUGUUGAAAAAUGCAAAGUUAUGCACUUCGGCGUAAAGAAUACACAAGCAACGUAUACCCUUAAUGGAAGCGAAUUAGGGAUAACAACACAUGAAAAGGACUUGGGAAUUGUUAUAGACAACAAACUAUGCAACAAUGUGCAAUGUCAAUCAGCAGUGGCCAAGGCCAGUAAGGUAUUGUCAUGCAUGAAAAAGGGCAUUCAUUCUCGGGACAAGAAUAUAAUUUUGCCUCUUUAUAAAUCACUGGUAAGACCCCAUAUUGAAUAUGCUGUGCAAUUUUGGGCACCUGUUCUAAAGAAGGAUAUUAUGGCACUAGAAAAAGUGCAGAGGAGGGCUACAAAAUUAAUAAAAGGAAUGGAACAUAUCGGCUAUGAAGAAAGGUUAACAAAUUUAAACCUAUUUAGUUUAGAAAAACGUCGCCUGAGAGGGGAUAUGAUAACAUUAUACAAAUAUAUUCGAGGCCAAUACAAACCAUUGUGUGGAAAUCUAUUCACAAACCGGACUUUACAUAGGACACGAGGCCAUGCGUUUAGACUGGAAGAAAGAAGAUUUCGUCUAAGGCAAAGGAAAGGUUUUUUUACUGUAAGAACAAUCAGGAUGUGGAAUUCUCUGCCUGAAGAAGUGGUUUUAUCAGAGUCCAUACAGAUGUUCAAACGGCUACUAGAUGCAUACUUGCAAGAACAGAAUAUUCAAGGAUAUAAUCUUUCAAUGUAGGGUAAUAACUGCUUGAUCCAAGGAUAAAUUUGACUGCCAUUCUGGGGUCAAGAAGGAAUUUUUUUCCUAGCUUGUUGCAAAAUUGUACUUCAAACUGUUUUUUUUGCCUUCUUUUGGAUCAACAGCAAAAAACAAAUGUGAGGUAGGCUGAACUUGAUGGACGCAAGUCUCUUUUCAGCUAUGUAACUAUGUAACUAUGUAAUUCGAAGAUAUGAAAAUUGUUCUUUAUCAAACCCUUCUAUUUUUGUAUGAAUCUGUUAAAAUGUUUUUAUAUGCAAAUCUGUAUUUAAUAUAUCAGCCAAGGUUAUCAGACCGUUCUUCUUCCAUAUUUUUUUAUAUUAAUAUCCUCAAUAUAUAUCUGCAAUAUUUCUAUAGGUGAUUUUGUUAAUUGUUCAUUAAACCCUUUUUUUUUUUAUUCUGCAAAUUAGAAAAAAUUUCAACAAUUAUUUUAUUUUUAAUUUCUAAUUAAAUGUCAGGAAAUCAACCCAGUAUAAUAGUUUAAGAUCAGAGAAAUGACUGGAUAUUUGUUCCUGCUCUAUCCACCUAUUAUCUUUAUGAUUAUAAUUAUUCCAUUCUAAUAUAUGUGAAAGCAUAAUUGCUUCGUAUAUUUGCUGAAUAUCAGGGAUUGAUAUACCACCAUCAACAAAUUUCCUAGUUAUAUAUUUCAGUGCAAUUCUCAAAUUUUUUUUCCCCAUAGAUAAUGCAAUUUUUUUUUUUCAUAUUCCUUAAGUAUAUUCUUUGGAACUUUGAUGGGAAUGGUUCUCAUGAUGUAUUCGAGUUUAGGUAAUAGGUAGUGUCUGAUAGCAUUUGAUUUUCCAAUCCAUGAUACAUACAAGUUGUCCAUUUAUGUAAUGUGUCUUUUAUUUCUCUUAGUAAUGGAUUAUAAUUGAUUUAAUUAUUUGAUUCCACUCAAAACUUAUUUUUACUCCAAGAUACAUUAUGCUCUCCUUAGACCAAAUAAAGUUAUAUUUAGAUUUUAAAAAUAGACUUGUUGUUCUCGUAAAUUCGUAUAUAUUGCCUGUGUUUUUUAAUGUUAAUUUUAUAAUUAGAGAUACUUCCAUAUUUUCCAAUAAUUUCCAAGAUUACUUCCAUUGACUCCCCUAUUUCUGUUAAUGUUAAAAUUAUAUCAUCUGCAUAUAAUAAUACCUUAACUUGUUUUCCAGCCAUAGGGAUCCCUUUGAUUUUAUCCUCUAAUCUAAUAGCUGAGGCUAGCGGUUCUAUGCUUAAUGCAUACAAUAGUGGUGCUAAUAGGCACCCCUGAUGUGUCCCAUUAUUUAUUUCAAACCAUUUAGAUGAAAUACUACUGCCCAUAACCUUGGCUCAUGGGGUCGUGUACAAACUCCAAAUUAGAUCAUAUAUAUAUCCCUGAAUUCCAAAUGCCUUCAAGGCCCUCGACAUCCAGAACCAUAACUUCUGAUGCAACAUUAUUAUUUUGUAUUAAUUGAAUCAGAUUUAAGAGUCUAAGUACAUUAUAGGCUCCUUUCCUACCUAUUAUAAACCCAGUUUGAUCUGGAUGGAUUUGAGUCGAAAUAAAAAAUUUUAGUCUAUCGGACAAUAUCCUGGAGAAUAUCUUUACAUCAAUGUUUAAUAAUGAUAUGGGUCUGUAAUUUGAUACAAAGUUGGAGUCUUUCUCUGGUUUAAAAAUUGGUAUAAUCAAUGUCUGCAACAUUUCAUUAGGAAAAGAUUUCUGAACUCUUACUUCAUUGAACAGUUUGAAUAACAAAGAAGUUAUGGGUGUUAGGAAUAUUUUGUAAAAAAGCAUCAGUAAGGUUGUCCGGUCCUGGAGCUUUCCCUUUUCGUAGUGUUUUUAUGGCUUGAGUAUUCUCUAUUGUGGAUAUGGGAGAUUCCAAUUCCCUAGUCUGUUCUGGGUUUAUUUUUGGUAGUUUACAGUUUGCUAAAAUUGUGUGUAUGUCAUCGGUUGUGAAUGAAGUCUUUGACAGAUUAUACAAUGUUUUAUAAUAAUGACCAAAUGCUUUUCCUAUAUCUGUUGGAGAUAGAAAUUCUUUAUCAUUAUGUUUUAUCAUUUUAAUCUUUAGUUGUCUUUUUUAAAAUUUUAGUUUAUUAGUAAAGAUUUUAUUAGUUCUAUUUUCUCCGAAAUACCAUUGUUGUUUUAAUCUUAUAAUUGCAUUAUUUACUUUAUUUGCUAAUUUGAUUUUAAUUUCUGUUUGAAUUUUUUUAAUUCUAUUCAAUCUUAAUAUAUUAAAGUAUUUUUUAUUAAGAUCUUGUUAUCUAGCUAGUUCUAUAUGAAUAUCUGUUAGAUUUUUCCCCUGUUCUUUUUUUAAUUUUGAGCAUGCAUAAAGCAUUUGUAUGUACACUAUUAGAUACUUAUUUUAAACCAUAUUCUGACUCUAAAAUAGUAUAAUUCAUCCUCCAGGAUGUCCUGCCUUGUUCGGCCAGCUUAUUUUAAGUGUUAUCGGUGCAUGAUCUGACCAUGUUAUGUUAUCAAUAUUAGAAUUUUCAAAUUUCUCUAAACUAAGAGAAUUUGUUACGUGUAUAUCUAUCCUUGAGUAUGUUUUAUUGGCUUGAGAAAAAUAUGAAUAGUCUUUAAUAUUUGGGUGUUGCACUCUCCAAACAUCAUAUAAAUCAUAUUCUAUCAGGACAUCCCAGAAUGAUUUGGCUUCGUUACUUGCUUUACAACUAUAGUCUUUAUUUUUAAUGCUUAGAGUUCUAUCCAUUUUUGCAUCUCGUGUUACAUUCAUAUCUCCUGCUAUAUAGUUUAUUUGCCUGUCGAAUCCCUCCACCCACUUGUCCCCCACUCAACAUGUAUAACUACAUACAAAUGGCCCUGAACCCCUGAAAAGAGGAAAGAAUCCCUUUCUUACAUUAAUCCUUGGACCGUAAUCCACUGAAUCCAACAUUGUCUAGCUAUUCCACUAACAAAUUACUAGCUAGAACACAGUUGCCGGCAUGGCAAGAGGGGAGAGGCAAAAGAGGAUUUUUUUUAAAUAGACAUAUAUAUAGUGCUGUCUCCGCUACAUUUUCCUUAAUCUUCCUUCCCUACCCCGCCCGAUCCCUAAUUCUCCAUUUCUUUACCUUUUCUUUUUCUUUAUUGCCCUUUCCCUGUAUUACUACUUAUCACCUCUAACGUGAACCAUCAUUUAAUGUCUCAUCUCUCUGUAACUCUUAUGGUCCAUAUUUCUUCACCUACUUCUUGUGUGAAUAAAUAUACAGUCAUCUUCUAUUACUAUGUAUCAAAAAAAUAAUUAAUUUAAGUAUUAUAUUUUUAUAGUGUAUUGACAUAUUUCUUAGUGCUAAAAUAUUAUUACCCUUAGGGAUGUGGUGCUUGCUAAUAUUAUUUAUCUUGUCCUUCUUUCUUUAUCUCUUUAGUUUUGUGAAUCAAGAUUUGUGUACUAAUUAUUCUAAUUUAUAUUUCCUCCACGUGCUUCAUAUGUUAACACUAGAUUCAAUUUCUAUAUUUUUUUUUAUAUGUAUUAAAUAAGUGUCCUUAAAGAUAGGAUAUAUUAUAAUGGAAGACCAGAGAGGGAAAGGAGGAAAAAAUAAAUACAAAUAAUAAUUUCAAUUUCUUCGCGGCCAUCUUUAGUUUAAAUUAUUCCUAAUUUUCCCAGAUCUUCUGCUUGAUCUGUAAUAAUUAAAGUCCUUCCCUUAUGUGGGACUAUUAAUCUUGUGGCAAAUCCCCAUCUAUACGGUAUAUUAUUUUUCUGUAGCUGUGCUGUUAUAUCUUGGAAUUUCUUUCUGGAUGACCGUGUAGCUGCUGAUAGAUCUGGCUAGGUCUGGAUAAUCCAUAACAUCUUCUUUGGGUCUCGGAUAUCUGAUCUUCUGUACCAAUUUGUCUUUAAUGAGGUAGUUUAUAAAACAAACUAUAACGUCCCUGGGUUCAGUGAAGUUGAUACCCAUCAGUUUUCGUAACCUAUGCCAUCUUUCAAAGGGGUUUUCCCCUAUACGUUUUUUAAGGAAUUGAACCACAUAUUCUUUGAGAUAAUUUUCCAUGUUUUCGUGGUUUAUAUCCUCUGGUAUGCCUUUAAUGCGCAAAUUGUUUCUUCUCGAUCUAUCCUCUAGAUCUGUCAGUUUUUCUUCAAGAGAUUCUAUUUUCUUUUUCAUUAAGUUAUUUUGUAUCUGUAACAUUUUAAUUUCCUUCUGUAGUUUUAUGAAACUUUGAUUUUGUGUUUCUAAUUUUUCUUUUAUUUCAAUUACUUAAUUUCUUAAUUAAGCUGAUGUUGCUUUAAGAUCUUGUUUAAUUUUUACAUAUAAAUCAUCUAACGCUACCAUCAGGCUUUCUUGCAAGCAUAUUUUUUGUGCUGUUAUACUUUCUGUUUCUAUGUUGACUAGAGGGAUAGAAUCUUCUGGAGGAAUAGAUGUCCUUAAAUGUUUUCCUAGUACAUUAGAAGAUUUUGGUAAAUAAAAUGUGUUUAUCGUUUUUCCCUUUUCCAGUUUGAUUAAGAUUGUUUGUCCUUCUUGGGGGCCAUUUUCUCUUUUUUCCCCUCUUUCUUUACCCCCUUUCUCUCCCUUCCCUCUUCCCUUCGCUUUUCCACCUCCCCUUUCCUUUCAUUUUCCCUUUCUCAUCCAAAUUGAUUAUUCGUUUUCUCUUUGAUUUUUAUCUGUAUAUUAUCUGUCUAUUGUCUAUUCUUUCAACAAACCUCUCCUUCCUCCUCCCUUAUUUUAUCUCCCUUUUUUUCUGAAAGUUAGUUCCAGGGGGCACUUGAAAUUAACUUGAAAUUACCUCCAGGUCUAUUAUCACCAUGUUUAGUUAUCUCAGAUUUAAAUUUACACUUAGCGUUUGUGUUCUGUCAUUCGUCCGACGCCAAGGGACUUCCAAGACGUUGCGGCUUCAACUGCCAUAUGCCACACCAUGAUUUUGCCAGUCGGCUGUCAGGGCUCCCCAGUUGCGGUAAAACUCCUACGCAUUUCUGCUUGCCUGUCACCCAUCGCUAAUUGAACAGAGAACUCCAAACUCGAAGCCGCCAUUCUCCCUCUCUCUGUCUAGUUCAGACUCCCCUCGCACCUCUGACACGCACGUGCAGCAUCCUUACUUCCGCACCCUAUGUUAUCACGUCUUUACUGCUGCCUCUUUAGCCACGCCAAAUAAAAUAAAUAAAAAUCUACUUUUGAAGCACAGGCAAUUUUGCUGGCUGGAGUGGAAUGAUAUAUAAUUUGAAAGGAGUGCCUGUAACGGGUGCCAUCUUAUCUUUUGGGAUUAAACCAUUUACUAAAAUUAGCUGUGUACAGGCACUCUUUUAUCCGUGUUGGUGCAAAGUAUCGAGGUGGCCAAAAAUACCUCAAAAUCUACAAAAUACAACAAAUAAUGAUACUGCACUCAAAAAAUCGAAAUAAAGUUCAUUGCAAAAUUUAAUAAUCAUUAAUUAAUUGGUGUAAUUCAUUAGUUAUGAGCCACUGCAAGGUUAGAAAAAUUAAUGAUAUAUACACACACAUUGUUUCUACCAAACUAUAUUGGUUUACAUCAGUUUGUACAUAUUAUCAAUUGAAGUGUGUGUGUAUAUAUCAUUAAUUUUUCUAACCUUGCAGUGGCUCAUAACUAAUGAAUUACACCAAUUAAUUAAUGAUUAUUAAAUUUUGCAAUGAACUUUAUUUCGAUUUUUUGAGUGCAGUAUCAUUAUUUGUUGUAAACCAUUUACUAAACAUUUAACCCCAAAGUUUUCCAGACGGCUACUGUCUGCUUCACUCCUUAAUAUGGAGUCCUUGGACUGGCCCUCAUACAAUGUUUGGAUUGAGUUAUGGUUAUAGACUUAUAGAGUAUCAGCUCAUAUGAAUCUGUUAUGCUGCCUGGAGUGUUCCUUUAAGGGCCCGCCAAACCUGUUUCAGGACUAUAGAGACAUGCGGCCUGUGACAUCCCUGAUGUGAUGCCCACAGUCCUCUUGAAGCUAUAUUUUUCCAUUAAACUUAUGGCUGACAAUAUUUUAGCUUUGCCUUUGAUGGUAUAGUUUUUAGUGACUAAGGGGGUCUAAGUAAUCCUUUCACACAACAUUGAGCUGUUUACGAUAUGCAGACUAUGCAUAUUUCUUGCUCUCACACUUAUUUCAUUCAUACCGAGCAAAGUGGUCCUGGUGGAGUAGACACAGAUUACUCCUACAGAUCCUCUCCUCUCACCUGCUAAAACAAUGGCUAUUGUAAGUGCAGUGUACCAGGUGUUUUAACUGCAUGUGUCUGUGGUUAUAAACUGUGAUGGACAUAUGUGAAAUAGGCAUAUAUGGCUGAUAUGAAUUGAUGAGAGCCUUUCCUGUCCUUCAAUAGCUAUUCAUUGAGGUUAAAAUGGAUUGAGGUUUCUACUGAUUGGACACAGCACUGAAAGUGUUAAAAUGUACUUGGAUGAUGCCUUGUGGAUAACUCUAGAGUACAUGCCUAUGACCUUAAGGACUGGGCUUUCAAUUUACGGGACCUGUAGAGCCAGCACGAUUACUCAUACAGUUCUUGAUGUAAAAACUAGUGUUAAAAAUUUCUUAUUUCUGGCAAUAAAUUAGCAAAUUCUAUUAGAGGUUCCAUAGUUUUCCAUACAAAAAGAUUAUUCUCCCCAGUGAUUACUUCUCACACCAAUAAAGUCUCUUAACACUGGCAAUAAAAAGACACAAUUAUCUUAUAUUAAAAUACUAAAUAAAAAGAGCAUCAAAGACCUUAUCAAUUUCCAGGCUGCUCCACUCAAUUUUGGCAAUGAUAGCUAACUGCAAUCCUUCCACCUGCCCCUGCCUUUCCGAUACAAGAAGCAAGGAGAGACAUGUACAGUGCAUCACUAUGUAGGGCCACCCAGAAAAAAAACGUCCUGGAGUGUAAUUUAGGAAGAUUUAUCUAGAAGGCUAGAAAAAGGAAAAUUUGCUUCAUACUUACCGUAAUUUUAUUUUUCUGAUCAUUAUUCAUGGCAGCAUUUACUCAUGGGUUAGCUCCUCCCCUCACAGCAGAAAGGACAGGAAAUAGAACUCUGAAACUGGUAUAAAUAGAUCCUCUCCCUUCCCAUCAGGCAGUCUUAGUAACCAGCUUCACAUCUUAUAGUAUAUGGGUGGGAACGUAAUGUUGCCAUGAAUAAUGAUCAGAAAAAGAAAAUUACGGUAAGUAUGAAGCAAAUUUUCCUUUUUUCCUGACAUUAUUCAUGGCAGCAUUUACUUAUGGGGAAUACCCAAGCAGUAUAUAUAUAGAGGGAGGGACAGAGUUCAAAAAACAGCUAAUAGCUAUAAAACCAUUUUUGAGCUGCAUAAACCUUAGAAGACUUUAAAAAAGCAAAACAAGACAUCAAUAGGAUGUUGUCAUACAUUCUGCUCAGACAUGUUAAUUAACCUAGAGGCUGCAAGGUCAGCAACCUCCUGGCAUUCAAUAUCUGAAAUAUCCUGAAUAAUUAUAGAGUCAGAAAGGAAUUAGGGCCAUGAUAGCCUAAGUUAGAGAAGGAUAAUGUCAUUUUGAUAUAAAAUUUUAAACCAAAUUGAUGACCUCAUCAGAUCAGAACCUUGACAAAAGGCAUAACAGAAGGUUGGAUGAGAACAGACACAUCAUGCUAUUAAACACGGGGAGAAUUACAGAAUCCUACUACUUUCUGGAUGUAAUUAUUAAUGACGAUUCACACUGCUUCCUCUUGCCAUGUAAACUACUUACCUGUGGAGACAGGAAACAAAUCAAUACCUGCCUGUCAGAAAUAAGUGUUAUUAAAACACUGCAAUAACGACUAUAUAUAUAGUGGAUGGUAUAAACCAAUGACAUUACUAGGAAAAGGCAAGAAGAAUCAUAUACAGAUUAGUUAAGGAAAGAAAAAAGAGACAUCGGUAUGAACCGUAGAAUUUGUGGCAACUCCUAAAUUAUAAGUAGGCCAAUCACGUCAGUACCUACAUUCAAAGAAACACUGUAAAUAGUACAGAUUAUACCAAACAGUAUAAUCAAAUUUAUUAGAGAAAGUUGUGUAACAUAAGUAAGAGAUAUAUAAUAGGCAAGAUACUGAUGAGAAGGUGGUAACCAGAGGCACAUGAUCCAUUGUGGCAAAAGACACAUAAUAAGCAGGAUAGUAGAAGAUAUUCAGUUAUCCUUAUGAGAACAAACAAACGCAUAUUUACUCUUACCUUAUCUUCAGAUAGUGAUGAAGUACUUAUGGCAGAGGCUAUGGCGAUAAUAAGCAGUUUGUGUUAUAUGCAAGAUAUCAACACCAUUACAAGUAUAUAAUCACAGGUAUUACAUCCAUGCAAUGUUAGGAGUGACCAUAACUUAUACCGAUCUUGGUAGAGAGACCAUGAAAAACAUAUCAGUCAAAUGUUUGUCCUCAACAAGCUGCAUUACUUUAUAUUAUGCAGGAUAAAUCAACCACUUAAAGUCACACAUUGGUUGCAAAUUCCAGAUAUAAGGACCCCUAGAAGAAUCCCCAUGAAUAUCAGAAGAGAGGAUUGUAAUGGAGUUACCUGUUCAGGGAUUUCCUCUAUUGUUCUGGUAGCAGGUGAAUUUUACCUGAAAUAGUAAACCUGGUAGAAUGGCCUGGGGACUAGAAAGACCUUCCAGUGUCAAUUAAAAUACUUGCAAUACAAAGCAUCGAAAACUUACCUGGAUCAUAUGAGCCUAAAAGAAUACCUUUUAUUGCAGAAAGGAACUUAUAAUAUUCCCCUUCACAACAGGGGAAUCUUGUCAGAAAUUUCUGAACAUUAAUUCCUUAAGAACCAAAAGCAUGCCACCAAAAUAAAAUGAUACUAAAGUUAAGACCAGGAGAGAAACAAGCCAAUAUGAACAGCUUUUAAAUCAGGUAAUGGCUUCAGAGUUACCUACUUAUGAGAACAAUUAAUAGCCAAAUUUGUGCUCCUGCAACCAGCAUGAUCUACUAAGCUGUGCAUCAGUUACGGCAUAUAUCUGAAGGUAAAACACUGCCACCAAAAUUGAAAAAAACAUUCCCUAUCUUGAUAAGAGAGGAGAGGAUACCUGGCAAUAGAAAAACUUUUGAGAAAUGGUCUCAUGUAUAAAUACAUAGGAGUGCCCACAAAAAGGCCUUAAUUUUGUUAAACAUUACUAUGCUCCAUUUUGGAAAAUCAGGUCUCCUUCUCUCCUGGGAGGGGCACUCAGACAGGUUCAGUAACACCUGCAAUCCAUCCGAAGUGGUAAAAUGUGUUAAUUGCUUAUCCUGAAACACAUGUGGGAGAAGGAAUCUAAUACAAAGCCAAAAGCAGUAUGUUUCCUUAUCUACUUCAUUUAAAAAACUGAAAUAGAAAAUCCACAGUAGGCAAUAAUUACUUACCCAGUACAACAGUGCAUUUGUUUUUGCUAAAAUGGGCUGUAUUAAAUUUCAGCGCAAAACAGACCUUGGAUCAUUUUAUAUAUUAAAUCUACCAAGGCUGUGAAUAAAUUGGGGUUUUAUAAUAAUACCAACUUGCAUACAGAUUAUAUGAAUCACAUACAUUGUGGAUGUUUCUUAACAGCACCUUAUGCACCGAUAUAUCAGUUAUAUAUAUUGAGUCUGUUUAAACAGUAAUCAUACAUCGCCUACCUCUGCUAAAUACAGUGACACUGUGCCUGCACACAUAUUAAGAUUAUAUAAGUGAGAUAAAUUGAGGCUGUUUUCAACAGAACUUCAUGCACAUAUUACACCACUUAUAUAUACUGAGGUUGUGACUAAUAACCCACACAAAAAAUCUGUAUUAGAUUGGACUCAUAGAGGAUGUGUCUUAUAUCAUUCACAUAUAUUGUGUUUCCACUAAUACAUCAAGCAUAUAGUGAACAGAUACACUGAAGAAAUGUCCACACCAAUUUACAUAUAGAGCAUGUAGAGGACAUAUACUGAGGCUAUGUUUUCAGAGCAAAUAAAGAACACAAACUGAGGCAGAGACUUCCGAUCAACUCAUACAUAGACAAUAUAGUGGAUACAUAUACUGAGGCUGUGUCUUCAUAGUAACUCAUACACAGAGCCUAUAGUUUGUACAUAUACUGAGGCCGUGUCCUCACAGUAACUCACACACAGAGCAUAUAGCGCAUACAUAAACUGAGGCUGUGUCUCCACAGUAACUCAUACAUAUGGCCUAUAGUGGAUACAUAUACUGAGGCCGUGUCCUCAUAGUAAUUAUAAUGUAUAUGACGCGUUUUGCCCAUAUCCUGCAAUCUUCUAACCUAGACCUUAAGCCACCGACCUUUUGUUAUUUUCGGGAAUAUAAUGGCCCCUGAAAUGUAAAUUCAAGUUUUAUUAUUUUGCCAGUUCAUUUUCUGUUAUUACAUGUGUAGAACAGUGGCACUUACAGGUGAUUUUUCCCAACAAGCUUUGCCAAAAUUUGAAGGUUACGGCACAGAACCCAUCUGUACAUAUUUAAAAAGUGCAGAUCUAGUGAGAUAUAGCAGGAAAGUAUUUAAUAUGCCUUGUAGAUUAAAUGAUAAAGUAAAGCUCCUAUUUUACUCAUGGAGAUCUGUGAAGCCGCUACAGUCCCUACAAUAUCUAGAUUAAGAAUUAAAUCCGUAGCUGCAACAAAGCAUGCUAAUAAAUUGAUUGUCCCCUACACUGGAAUGGCACAACAAACUAUAAACUCCAUAUAGUGCCUGGGACAUAAAGAACAUGAACUACAAAUACGACUCACUUAAUUUAUCAAUACAAAUAUAUACUUUCUCUUUAAAUGUCUAUUAUAAGAACUUCACCUUCCUGUAACUGUAACUGACAUUAAUUAUGGAUGUGGUUAACUGCAGGAGCAACUUAACAAUAACCAUCACUGCCCACAAUAAUCCUGUCCCUGUGUUUAGAGGGAUAGAACUGGUGUGUGACUCAAUCUGUGAAUAACAAAACAAUUACUACACAGGGCCCCUCUCCCUCUGGCCACAAGCCUGCUUAUAAUUAAAACAUCAUCAGUUCUCUUUUACAUUUUAGUACAUACUUGUGAACAUCUUACGUCAGUUUAUAUUAAGUUGCAGAUGAGAAGAGUUCCGCCAAGCUCUCUGAAAUAAAUCACUCAAAGCCAAAAUUCUGGAUUUAGCCUGCUGCUACCACAGCAUACAACGUAUAUCCUUGCUGCCAAAGUGGCUGCUUUUAUAUGUGCUACUAUGCACUUUUUCCCCUACUCUAGAUACACUGUGAGGUUAUAUUUCCAUUAGUGUCCUCACUAUUCUUCUAGCAAUCUCGUUUACCUUCUUACCUUUUAAUUCAACCAUUUCUCCAAGUGACCAUCAACAUAUCAACAUCUGACCUUUACUUCAAAUCCAUUCAUUUGUAAAUACUGCAACAACCAGGUACUUGUGUGCAACUGCAAAGAAGUGACCUUUUUUGCUUCUGAUAAACAUUCCCACCUCUUAUUUAUCAACAGCUGUCACUUGAAUUGUGGAAGUAUCCUAUCUUUACUCAAAAUUCUUAUCACACCCAUCCCAUAGAAACCUGUAAAUCCCUAAUUUCUACGAUGUGUCUCGUCUUCUUGAUUCAAUUCCUUUGCUUUAAUUACAUCUUGAUCAUAGUCAGUCUGGUAUAUUGGUCAUUUUCACUCUGCAGAAAUCACUUUAAUGUAGGUAAAUUUAUUUGAACUCUGAAAACCUUUUUUCCUACAAAUUCUUCUCGACCUGUUUGCUGCUGUUGUACGUGGCUAAUCACUAUUUCUCUUAAGCAACACACUCCAUUCCGUAGGUUUCUGUGAUGCUGCAUUUCUCUAGCUUACAUAAUACCUAUCCUACUGUAGUUCUGCAUCAUGGUCUAGAAAUGCACACUGGUCUUUCCAUCUAUUCUUUAUAGAUGCACACGAUGGAUAAUUUCUUGGUCUGCCUUUGUUCUCUUACUUCAACUCUAGACAUCAUGGAUUUUUUUUAUUCUAGUGGCUUCUAAAUUUUUAUUAUAUCCAAAACAAUAUUUAAUGUUUCUCUUAUGUCCAUUUAUUGCCUGCCUCCAGUUUUGCUGUCUCAGACGAUAAACUUUGCUGUCUCCACUUGGGUUUGGCAUGGUAGGGUUUGUAAGACCGCAGCAUGUAAUAGGACAGAAUCAAUUGGUUUUAACACAUUUUUAUUUCAUUAAAAAAUAUAUCAUCUCCCUAGCAGCCCCCUUAUUUUUAGUCAGGGCUAGGCUAUUCACUGAAGUGAGAAAUAUCAGGAAUUCAAAGUGAAUUCAAUAUGAAAUUUAAGUUUAAUGCCAAAGUAGCCAAAUUGAAAGAAUAGUUGACCUGGAGAUUUUUUCUAGUACAGCUAUCUGGCCUCAAAUUUUUAAUUCUCUUUGAAUUCCCAACAGAUCUUACUUUAGUGAAUAACCCUGUUAGUCCAUUUCAUUCACUUUAGAUACCCUCAGUACCUAAAACCCCUUCUUUAAUUUUAGGAUCAACUCCCAUCCAUACACACCUGUUAUUUUAAUUAUGAAUCUUGCUUCUUUCCUUAUAGUGCUCACUUACAUUUUUAAUAAUCCUCAUGCUCCUCUCUAUAAAAACAACAACAAUUACUCAUCAUGCCAACAUAAAUUAUUUCAUCUAAGUAUCCUUCCCUUCCUAACAUUAGUUUCUGUCUUUAUUAUAAGCAAUCGCUCUAGCAAUCCACCUCUUGUGGAUCAUCCCUUCCUCCUAUACAUUUUUGUCUCCAUUCAAUAGUAUCUUUGUCUCCAUUCAAUUAUUAUAGACCACCUAUACAAUAUAGACCCAUUAAAUACCCAACCAUUUUCAAUAACUUCCCUCUCACUGUAGAUUUGCUUCUCUUCACUUGAGAACACAUUCUUCUAAGGAUCCCUCUCUCUCUUAGAACAUGUGACUUCAUUAUGUAAGUCUGUCUCUACCUGUACGUACUUCUUUCAUUUUAGAAAUCAUUAGAACUUAAUUUCAUUAUAGGUCCCCCCCAAUGCAACAUCUGCUGCAGUAGACCCUCUGGUCCGUUCAGCACCCAUUGUUUUAUAUAAGGAAUCUGUAUCUCUAAGUAUCCACUCCCUUUCUUACAGGUCAUAAUCCUUCACAUUAGGGCCCCUUUUCUAACACUGUUUUUCUCCAUUACUUUCACACCAGAUAGUAGGUCUUCCUGUGCCAUCUUUUUUUUUUUUCUGUGCAGAUGACCCAUAGUGAUGCUUUGUAUUUUGCUAUGGGAUAUAGGAUAACAAUGCACUCUGGAACAUAUGAUAAAAACAGUUUUUGAGUCAACAUUCAGAACUCUGCCAAGCCCAACUGCCAAUCAAAAUUUAAUAAACUAUAUAAAGGCACUUAUGUAUGGUGGAUAUUAGAUCUUAAGUUGUCAAAAAAUAACACAUGCUAUAAUUAGCACUCAUAUGAAAUUACCACAAUAUCAGUUGGAGGAAAUAGAAUGGAGCAGGUAUUGACUUCCUCUUGUGUAUUUUUAGAGAACUAUAAUAAACACUGUUUUGAGUUUAAUUUAUUCAUAUUUUUUUUUUUAUUAAUCCAAGCAUAUAGUGGACCAAAUCGGCCUUUCAAUAAAGAAUUUGAGAAUACCUUGUAUCAGAGUCACUUUAGCUAAAGCACUUGGAAAAUGUGGUAACCUGACCCAACAGGUGAAAUAUGAACAGAAGUAAUCAUGCAGUAUAUGCAAACUAAUAACUUUGCUAUGUGUCAAUAAAUACUGUUUUAGAUUUAAAGUAGGAGUCAGAAUUACAUUUCUUUUAACAACCUAAGAAAUGUACCACUUCUAUUGAAGAGGUCACAAAAACUGGGGAAUACCAUCUCUGACAACCUCUGUUUCAGCUCAGACUCCACAACAAGCUAAGAUUUCAUUGAUUGUGAGUACCUGGUAUUUUUAAUCUAGGCCUUAGCCCCUUAGAGUCUGCUGUCAAGUUGAGGGUCAGCAGUAUCACAAGUUGAAAAGGAUGGAUGUGGCAGAACAGUUCUGCAAGAGGUAUCAGCUUAAGAUGCCUCAAUAAUGCAUUGGUAAUCCUAAAGAUGAAGAAUAUUCUGACUACCUACUACAAUAACAACUUUGAUAACUUGGUAGGAGCUUUAUACCUGGAGAUUAUAAUUAUUAUUGUCUCUACUUGUUUGGACAUAACCUAAUGCUAAAAUUCACCUGUAAAAAUAUCAACCUGUCAAGAAGUACCAGCCUAUGGGCAGGGAAGUAAUUACAUCCAAUGGAAGUAGAUGUCCUAUUUUGAGCCAUUGAACAUAUUAGAAUGUGGCCUUAUGUUUCCACACUGGGGUAAAAAAAGUAUCCAUAUAUUAAUGAAACUGUUGCAGUAUCACCAGCAGUAACAUCUGGAAAGGUCAAUAAAUUUUGCAUAAAAGACAUAGUUAUUGCAUUGGCUGAUCUGGUAGGAACAUCAAAAACUGUACUGCACUACUAUCCAGGCUUUUCAUAGUUACUCGCUACUGCAUGCCUGAAAGGUCCAUGAUUCACUUACCAGAAAUUAAUUUCUACUUGCCAGGUUGGAGUUUCCACUCGUCAUUGGCUACUAGCGACUGGAAACUUUGAGCCCUUUGUAUAUUGUGCACUUCAGUUGUAUAAAUUUGAGACCAUACUAGGUAUGACUGAUGGGACUUGAAUAUACUACAACUAAUGUGUAUUAAUCAAGUACACAUUGCCCAGAUUGCUGAUGUGUUCACAAUUCCUUAUGCACUGAUGUAAGACUGUAAAGGUCUGAUUCAUAUUUUUUUUCUCUUAUUUUAUGUGUUUUUUUAAAUUCUUCUUUUCAUCUAUUUUGUUUAUUGAGAACAUUAUGAUUGUUAUAUCAUAUUUAUGGUUAUUACUAGAGAUACCAGUCAUAAUGAUUUGUCGAUUUAUCUUUAUGAAUGUAACCUAAUUAUUUAGAAUGUAAUAAUAAUAACAAUAGUUCCUUAUGCACUGGAGAUGUCAUAACAACCCAGAGUUGGAGGAAUAGAAUAUCAGCCUCGUAAGAAAAUGAAUAUACUGGGGAAAUCAUUUAUCUAGCAUCUACUAUGUAAAGAUAUAACUAUUCACCAUGGUUAACUUGUACAUCAGUUAACCAAGGUAAAGAAAUAAAGUACCACCAUCAAUUCUAAGUAUUAAUACAGUCCUAUGGAUUUCAUGUGGUCUCCUACAAGAUUAGCAUAAUCAUUAAUGUGUUCGCAAAUAGGAAUAAAACUGCCAACCAACAAUUAAUAUUUUCCAGAAAAUAUUUUAUUUAAAGCAUCACUAUAGGCUUUUUUUAGCCAAUCCAAUGCUUUCCCAUAGGCACGGGGCGGGGCCAAAUGCUGUUUUGGCCAAUCAGGACCUCCUCAUAGAGAUGCAUUGAAUCAAUGCAUCUCUGUGACGAAAAUUCAGUGUCUCCAUGCAGAACGUGGGGACGCUAAACGGCAGGGCUGCUUACGGUGCAGCACUGAGCCAGGCCAAGUGGAGGAGUGGCCACUUGGAGGUGUCCCUAGGGGCAAUGUAAAUACUGCCUUUUUUCUGAAAAGGCAGUGUUUACAUGAAAAUGCCUGAAGGGAGCUAUUAUACUCAUUAAGCUGUAGUUGUUCUGGUGACUAUAGUGUCCCUUUAAGAUUUCUGAUUGAACAUAAGACUCAGUUUUGAUAAAUAAAAGAGCACUGAGAUAAGUGGAUAGAGGACUGUAUUAGAUAAUGGACAUUGUACUCCUGUGAGAAGAGCUCAGGCAAGGUUCAGCUAGAGUCUGGGGGAAAACAUUCCUUGCUACUAAAUUUAAAAAAAUAAAAUAAUCAUUAAAAGCAUAGUAACUUAUCUUUAAGAACAAACCCUGGUUUACUAGAUACAGUAAUCAGGAUUGUAAACAUUCCAAGGGGUGUUUGAACUUUUCAUAACCUAACCUUGUUUCCUCAGAUGAUUUGUGGAAAUACUGUUUGAGAAGUGGGUCAAUUCUGAGAAGCUAUUUGGGCAGCCUCUUGCAGAAGAUUUUACCUGCUUAGUCUUUACUCAAAUGUUUCCUAAUUAAAAGAAAAAUAAAUCAGGAAUUUAGUAGGUAUUGCAUUUUGCUUUGCGUUGCUUUGGUUGUUAUGCACUGUUUCAUAUAUCAUGUUGCCUACGCAUUGGUUUUAUUUAGAAAUGAGUCAAGAAGAUACUGAGUUGUCUUCAUAGUCUAGGGAAAUGACUUAACUUUUCAAUUUGGCUAUCUAGUAAAAGACGCAAGAAAGAAAGAAUAAAAAGUACCUGCAAGAUAGGACAGGAAGUUUGCAUUCCCUCAUUCCCUCCCAGUUUAUCUUCUACUUCUUUCCGCUUGCCUUGUGCUAUCCCUUAUACACAAUAAUACUAUAUCCUCUGGUGUUGUACCCACUACCCCAGGGGUAGGCAACCACUCGAGGUGUCUUUGCACAGCACUCAAGGCUGCCAGAGCCAAACAGGCUCUGGCCUAUUAGGAGUCCCAGUGAAACUUCAGAUAUCUGCUAAUACGAAAAGGUGGUGAAGGACAAUCCUCAAUUUAUGCAUUGCAGCACAUAGAAGAAGUGAUCUCAGAAUGGGAAUCCACACUGUAGUAGAGCAACCCACAGCUGCUGGUGCAGCUCCUGUCCUUGACCUGUACCUGACGAGCCUGGCCACACUGGAGGAGAAGCCACCCAGACACCUAGAUAUACACAGAAAUGCAGAAUAACCCUGCCCUCAUACAAAUAAUAUGAACAGCCCACACACAAACACACAAUCCGCACAAACUCAACACCACUAACAAUCCACAUACAUGCACACAACUCCACAUGCAGCCUCUCACAUGCAAUACCCCAAAUAGCCCCUCACAUAUACACUACCAAACACACAAUGUGACCUAUCCAUCCACACACACAAUUCCACAAGCAGCCACCAUACACAGCCCACAUUCAUAGGUACCACAACACCACAGACUACUUGUGAACAUAUACACUAUAGCAGCUCAUACACGCACAAAUACAACAAUACAAAGCAACUGCAGUAUAACUAUCACAAGCAGAAUACGGCAACAUACACACCGCAAUUUAAAAAUAUAGGACUGGCUCACUACGGGACAUCACAAUCUUUUUUUGGCACAGUGGUGCUAAAAGGUUGCCUACCCCUGCACUACCCUUAAACAAGCUUUUGUCACACCUGUUUUAAAAAGCAGUGUCUCCACCCGACUGAUACUUCCAGCUUUCGUUCUAUACCCCUACUCCCUUUUACCUCAAGGCUUUUUGGAACAACUUGUUUGUAUCUACCUGACCGAUUUCUUAACUUCAAUCUGGUUUUCACUGUAUUCUACAGAAGCUGCUCUAACUAAAGUGACUACUGAUCUAAUUGUGGCUAAAUCCACUACUCCAUACUAAUUCUGUUUUACUUCUCCUGCAUUUACACUGUUGAUCACACUCACCUUCUUCGCACCAUCAGUCUUUGUGAAACUGUUCCUUCCUGGUUUUAAUCGUUCUUAUCCUGUCACUUACAACACUUCUUCAUUAUAUCCUUUUCUGGCAAUACCUCCCCCUUGAGUUGUCUAAGUAGGAGUCCCUAAAGUCUUUGUCCUUGAGCCCAGCAGCAGAAUUGCUGGCGGUUCAGCCAGUGAGGCCACAGUUGGGCCCCACAAGCUGGGAGGCUCAUCAGCUGGCCCUCUCACUUAGGGCCACCCAAUUGAUAUAUUUGAUGAAGGGCUGGCAAGGCCCUUCAAUAGUGCACCAGACUGGGUCCAUGUGAGAUCAUUAUCUUCUCUGUGCUUACACCUAGAAUGCAAAAAGCUGUGCAGGUAGGAAGAGGAAGAAGCACUGAGAGGGUAGGGGAAGCCUUCUGAAACUCAACAAAUGGGAACAGGAGGGUGGCAAAAAAUAUGUAAAUAGUAACUUGUAAAUGUGUGUGUGUGUUAGUGUGUAUAUGUAUCGUUGAGUCAGUUUAUAUAUCUUUGUCAGUGUGUGUGGCUGUGCAUAUAUCCCUGUAUUCAAACUCCAACACAAGAUACAAAUUAACCCCUGCAAUGAAAUAGCGACACUACAUGCAAAUACACCCCUGCAUGCAAAUAUCAACCCUACAAACAAAUAUAACCCUGCAUUUAAACAUUACACACAAACAACCCCCUGCAUUCAACUUACAAUACUACAAACACACCCCUGCAUUCAAACACCAAUAAUACACACAAAUACUACUUUGCAUUCAAACAUCAACAGUGCACACAAACACAUCCCUGCAUUCAAUGUGUAUGUGUAUCUGUGUCAGUGUAUAUAUAUAUAUAUAUAUAUAUAUAUAUAUACAUGUGUGUGUAUCUGUGUGCAUGUGUGUAUCUGUGUGAGUGGUAGUGCAUUCAAAUGCACACACUACACACAAACACACAACUGCAAUCAAAUGCCAGUUCUACACACAAAUACACCCUUGCAUUCAAAUACCAACACUAUGCACACAUAAACCCAUUUAUUCACACACUCCAUACAAAAAACAUGCAUACACUCAAACACACAGACACUGCUCACAAGUAAAGCCCUGCAAUAUGGACAAAGAGUAGAACCACAGCUGGCAAAGCCUUGUAUGAAUUUUAGGAUAGUUGAGGAUCUACCUUUUGUUCACCCUUGCAUUAGAGGGGAACCAAACAAAAAUGUCUUUCACAAGCCAUCUCCCUACAUUAGUUCUGCAACUACUAGACCACAUUCUGUUAGUUCCUACGAAUUCAAGAUACAUACUGAUACACUUCUUACCUGAUUUUUAAAUACUCAAUCUUUCUUAAACUGAGCUUCUUAUCUUUAUAACAUGAGUUGUCCACUGUCCUUCUCCUUGCAAAUUGAUUGUUGCCCAUCUGCCCAUCCUUUCAAGCUUGCUGCAUUGGUAUUAUCUUUGACUUUGGUCUUACUUUUACAUGCAUGCAAAUAUCAACCCUACAUACAAAUAUAACCCUGCAUUUAAACCUUACACACAAACACCCCCCUGCAUUAAAACUACAAUACUACAAACACAUCCCUGCAUUCUAAUGCACACACUAGACACAAACGCACAGCUGCAUUCAAACACCAAUAUUACACAUAAAUACUACUUUGCAUUCAAAGACCACACCUUGAGUAUGCUGUGCAAUUUUGGGCACCUGUUCUAAAGAAGGAUAUCAUGGCACUAGAAAAAGUGCAGACGAGCUACAAAAUUGAUCAAAGGAAUGGAGCAUUUUAGUUACAAAGAAAGGUUAAAAAAUGUAAAUCUCUUGUUGGGAGAGGAUCAAUCAAAAUGUCUGUUAAAACUAACCUCCUUACAAAUUUAAAGGGAAAUAGUGUUGGAUUGGCCAUACUUUGGAUAAUAUAAGAUAUACAUUUCUGCUCGAUAUGUGGUUUCUCCUCUCUCCUUUGCCACAUUGUUUGUAUAUGUAGAUAUGUAAAUUAAAUGUAUCGUCUUGUUUCUAGUUAAGUGAAAUGUAUAAAGAAAUUUUCCACGGAUUUAUUUUUUUUCCAAAUGGAAGUAACGUUUCCUACCAUUUGUAUGUAAUUGUUGUAUCGUAUUGUCUUUCAUAAAAAAAAAAAGGGGAAAACCUUUUCAAUAAAAAUUAUUUAAAAAAAAUUAAUUUAAAUCUCUUUAGUUUGGAAAAACAGCGCUGCAGAGGGGAUAUGAUAAUGAUAACAUUAUACAAAUAUAUUCGGGGCCAGUACAAACCAUUAUCUGUAAAUCUAUUCAUAAACAGGGCUAUACAUAGGACACAAGGUCAUGCAUUUAGGCUGGAAGAAAGGAGAUUUCAUCUAAGGCCAAGGAAAGGUGUUUUUUUUACAGUAAAAACUAUAAGGAUAUGAAAUUCUCUGCCUGAAGAGUUGGUUUUAUCAGAGUCCAUACAGAUGUUCAAACAGCAAUUGGAUAAAUACUUACAAAAACAUAAAUUACAGGGAUAUAAUUUCUAAUUAGUGGGGUAAUAGCUGCUUGAUCCAAGGAGAUAUCUGACAGCUAUGUUGGGGUCAAGAAGGAAUUUUUUCCUAGUUUGGUGCAAAAUUGGAAGCGCGUCAGACUUGUUUUUUCCCCUUCUUUUGGAUCAACAACAAAAACAUAUGUGAGGAAGGCUGAACUUGGACGCAAGUCUCUUGUCAGCCAUGUAACUCUGUAACUAUAAUACAAAGCUCUUAAUAACUCUACUCCUGUCUUCAUAUUUUCACUAAUUCAUAGGUGCUCCCAACUCUGCCAGUUCUGUCCUCUGUUUGACUUUUAACUCUUUUUCAUACAUAGCCUGGGAUCUACAACUUCUUUAAUAGUUUUCUUUAUAUAUAAAAUGAGCAGUAUUUUGUCUACAAUACGGGGCUGGAAAAAAGAACUCUGCUUCCAAAAUUUGGACAAUUACCACGGUUGGCUUGAAACUGUUUCAAUGAAGCUUUCUUUAAAUAGUAAUUGAGUUUGAUGCCUAUCUCUGAUGUUGUUGAAGUUUAUUAUAUUUAUAGCUUCAAUCUCUUAAGGGAAUUUGUGCAGUGAAUCAUCACACUUAGUUUAAUUUCCUCUCAGGAUUAUACUUUGCCAUCUUCACGCUAUGAUUUCAUUUCUUUUGUCAUAUUGCAACGUUUAUGUAUGAGAAAGUGGUUGUGUCUUUUCCUUCCAGGCAUGUCAUAUUAAUAUAAUUUAUUGUUAAAUUAAAAAGAAACAAUAUUUCUGAACUGGGAGAAGUGAAAUAAUAAAAGGGUAGAUUGAAUGUCACUACCUAGAGCCCCUUGUAGAAUUGUUUUUCCUUAUGCUUCAUGAUGUGCAAUGGGUGCAUCAUGUAAUCUGAUCUGUAUGUUAUCCUCCAGAAAAACAAUGAAGGAAAAAUAUACAACUAGGUCUUUUCAGCAGCAUAUAGUAGACACAAGCAUACAUCUGCGCAAAGCGUGACAAAGAAAGGUUAAAAUAACAUUUGGGGAUGAUCUAUUAGGAAAAUACAACAGUUUGGCUUUGAAGUAAGAUUGCUAUCAGAGGCACCAUUACUGAACAUAAAAAGGUACCAGCAACCUAAAAAGAGCUAUUAUAUCAAAAAUCUACUGACCAGGAUGAAACAUCAUAAAAGAUAUUAAAAAAAAAACAUUUCUGGAAAUUAAAUGGGAUGGCUCUAGAAGAGGGUAGUUAUGGAGCAGUUAUAUUUUAUGGGUAGAAAAUUAGAAAAAAAUUGCUGAUAAUUUAUAAGGCUUAGUAACUUGCCUGAAUUGUAGUCGCCAAGUCAAGAAUAUCUCAAUUGUGUCUUAGCUCACUUGUCAUAUGACAUUACUCACAAGCCUAUAUCCUUAACAUGCAGACUUCCUAUCCGUGAGAAUAAUCCAGAACGUAAAUGCUAAGAGGCACAGCAACCUUCAGAUAAUCAUCUUGGCCCUUCCCAAGACUAAACAUGGUUAUACGGUACCCCUUUAUGCCAUCGUGUUUAUUGAACUACAAAUAUCAGUGGAAUAUAUUUAAUGCAGAUAUUGCACCAUCAUAACCAGGGCUCAUAUCUACACUAACGACAUAGAUACAACAAUCAAGGACAUUCUAAUAAUAUACAGAAUGGGGUUCUAAUGACACUCAGUUGCUACCCCUGACAGUCAGGAGAUACUGCAACACAACCAAAUAAUUAUAGGAAUCGAAACAAACAUUUUUUAACCAUCAGACCUUUUUUGGUAUGUAGGCAACAACUCAUCAUCCACAACUAUCAGGUAACAACUUGUAAAUCCCAAAGUAUUUUAUUUGUUACUGAGCACUAUGCAAUGUACUCUGUAGCGCUUACCCAAUCUUUCAAAUGCUUGGAUGAAUCUGUUUCACCAUAUGUUAUGUUGUAGAUGCAUAUAUUCUCCCACUUCAAACAAGUAUGCGAAUGUUCUGUUCAAAAUUUCCCAUGCAGGAUAGGUGCUAACAGCACGGGACUGAGUUAGGAGCAGUGUGAAAAGAUGUUAAGCAGAUCACCCAAUUCUGCAGGGCUUCAUUAUUCAGCUGGGCUAUUUCAGGUACCUACUCUUAGCAACUACAAGGAUGUGCUUGAAGCAUUGAUAUUUAAGGGAAUUGCAGGACUGUGUCAUGCUGGACAAUAGUUACAUUAUCACAGCUAGUAGGUCUUGGAAUAUAACAUCAGUAUAAGUAUGUAUAGGUAUAAAUGAAGAAUGGUCUGUGUAUUUUCAUAGUUUGUUUUAAUUCUGCUUCUGCUUUGGAUAAAAGCACAUUAGGACCAUGUAUUACUUUUCUUGGUAGGUUCUAAUAUGAAAUAUUCCUUUUAUUUGUAAAAUCUCAUUAUAUUUCCAAUAUUCUGUUCCAAAAAAGUAUUUGAAAACAGGCACAAAAGCUAUUUUUCGUUAGAUAUUACAAUGAAAAGCUAAAAUAUAAAAAGUUGAGUAGGUCUGUAGAGAUCAAAGAAUCUGUAUACAACACAAGGAUAAAUCUCCUGGGCUGCACAACUUCUGCUGAAGGUUUUUCCAUGUGCAGCAUACAUGGCCAUAACCCUAACAAUUGACCAGACCUUACAUUAUAAUGUGUGAUAAUUUUUGACUUAAUGACAUGUAUUAUUUUAUUACAGAUCAACCAACCAUCUUUAUUCAUUCCACUUAUAUAUAUUUAUUUUUUAUUUCUAUUUCAGAUUUCUCUAUCCCAUACAGUGAUGUCAUGGGUGUAAAGAAGUAUCCCUUACUUUUUAAUGUUUCAGUACCUCACCACGAGAUAAUAGUCAUGGCUGAACUUAAGCUGUACAUGCUUGCUCCAAAAAGCAGUGUGAUAUAUGAUGGAGCAGGCAGGAAAGUAACCGUUUAUGAAAUACACAUUGAUGAAGAAGACACAAGAAAGGCAGUGGAACUGUCUUCUAGAUUGAUUUACAAAACCAGCAAUGAGUGGGAAAUGUUUGAUCUUACAGAGGUUGUCCGACGCUGGAGCAAAUCAGAUUUUACAACCCGCAUACUGGAAGUUCACAUACAAAAUCCAGAAAUUGACUUGGAAGAUACUGGAGAAGACAAAUUAGAUAUUGAUGUUAAACCAGAGAGCAGGCAUGAACCCCUGCUUGUUGUCUUUUCAGAUGAUCAAAGUAGCGAAAAGAAGGAGGAGAAGGAGGAACUAAAUGAAAUGAUAAGCCAUGAGCAGGCAUUGGAUGAGAAUGUGGAAUUUGGAGGACAAAAUAACAUGCCCAGUGAGGAGUCCUUGCUACAGAUGAGGUCUAACAUCAUCUAUGAUGCCAGUUCUCGAACCAGGAGAAAUGCAAAGGCUAACUACUGUAAAAAGACCCAACUGUACAUUGACUUCAAAGAAAUUGGAUGGGAUUCCUGGAUCAUUGCACCAUCUGGUUACGAUGCAUAUGAAUGCCGAGGCGUAUGCUCCUACCCACUAACGGAACAUGUCACACCAACCAAACACGCUAUAGUGCAAACACUGCUUCACAUGAAGAAUGCCCAAAAAGCAAACAAACCCUGCUGCGUUGCCACUAAACUAGACCCGAUAUCCAUCCUCUACAUGGAUGCUGGAGUAGUUACUUACAAGUUUAAAUACGAAGGCAUGGUAGUAUCAGAGUGUGGCUGCAGAUAGUACUAGUGGAAGGCUUGGUAAUGGUGCCUUGUCUUGUAAAUUUGUACAUUUUGUAUGUCCUUAUUUAAAGAGUUUAUUUAAGAAUGUGUGUACAGAUAAUAUAUGGGUUUUUUAAAUGCUACUAUUUGGGCCAUCUUAAACGCGGUGCAAAGUAAUAAGGCACUAUCUAUUCUAUUUGAUUUUUGAGCUACGGGGUGUUCUAUUGCUUUGCAGAGCAAAGUAAAAAAGGCUCUCCAACCUCUUCACUGCUGGUCACGUCAUCUCUAAAGGGGUUUAACUGCAACAAUGUUUCCAUGGAGGUAACAAGGCACCCGGCAGCUCAUAACAAGACUGAUCUCUGCUUUAAAAUGCCAUGUUAUUUGGGACACCAUUGGAAAUUUGGUACAAAUGAGUGGGGCUAACAUGUCAUAUUGUUGUCACUGCAUUUAAAUUGAACAUAGAAUGUCCCUUGUGGGUUUGCACAUGAUGGACUUUUCCUUCCCAGCAUCAACGUAAGACUUAAGAUGGCGUAUCCUAAAAUAAUGGUGGGAUGAGUAUGUGAAUCUGGUUAUAGUUAUGUAUAACUGCAGGCUGAAAUAAGAUAUACAGGAAAUCCAUUAAAACUGAUUAUGUAAAAUUACAGCUGUUUCAUGUUCUCAUCCUAUGCUUUUGCAAGGCUUUAUUGAUCCAGGUUAAUCAAGGUGGGCAGCAGAGCAGAAGCAGGCUUAAACAUCUCAAUAGACAAAAUAAAUCAUUUUCCACAGGUACUGGAGAUAAAUUGCAUCCAUCAACCAAGGCUGUUGCAAUAUCUAUAUUAUCUAAUUCCAGUAUCCCUUGUUCCUGUUAAAUUACUGCAAAUCUUUAAUAUGAUUCUCC